AAUAGGGUUUGUAGGGUGGGAAAUCGGUGGUUUAUGGGUAGGAAAGUUUCCUGUAGGAAAAAAGACCGGGGAUUUGGGGGGAAAAAAGUGGGAUUUGGGGAUCCUAUGGGGUGAUUUGGGAUUAAAAGUGGGAUUUUGAGGACUUAGAAAUAGGAUUUUUGGGGGAUCCCCAUAGGAUCUCUUACAGACGCCCUAGGAAACCCCGCAGAUCCCAGAGACCCCAUUGGAAACCCUAUGGGACCUAUCGGGGACCCCGUAGAAAACCCCAUAGCAGACCCCAUAGGCUCCACAACCCCAUAGGAUCUGUGGGAAAUCCUACAGACCCCAUUAUGGCAUUCAAAACCCCAGAGGAAAACCCACGGAACCCAUUGCAAACCCCAUAGCACCGUAGUCAACCCCACAGACCCCACGGGAAAGCCACAGGAAACCCUACAGACCCCGGGGGAAACCCCGUUGCAGACCCCAUAGGUUUGCCCCAUAGGAAACCCCAUUGAUCCCCCCUUCGAAUCCCCUUCAUUCAUCCCCUGGAGGACUCCGCGCCUAGAGCGGCCCUCUCUAUGCUCCCCGCGCACCUCCCAACUUCCGCUCUGUAUCCGCAGAGGGCGGGGUUACGACAGGAAGUGAGAGGCGUGGUUGUGGCAGGAAGUGGGCGUGGCUAAGAGCGGAAGUGGGCUUUGAAGCCGCCAUGCGGGACCGGACGCGGGAACUCCUCCAGGAUUACAUCCCCAGCGAUGAGGAAGAAGAGACGGUGGCGUUGGUGGGGCUGAAAGCGUCCAGUGAGGAUGAGACGCUGUUGCAGGCGCGGGCCGUGCGGGCGGCGCUGCGCUCCAUGGAGCAGAAGGUGGAGGCGCUGGAGGCCCUGCAGGAGGCGCUGCUGGGAAACGCCCUGCCUGACAACGGUGGGUCGCGGGGGGGUCAGAGGUCGCGGGGGGGUCAGAGGUCACGGGGGGUCAGAGGUCACGGGGUCACGGCUCUCUAUUGGGUCUCUAUGGGAUUAUAUAGGAUUAUAUGGGGGUUCUGUGGGGUUAUGUGGGAUCUUUAUGGAAUUAUAUGGGAUCUCUAUGGGGUUAUUUAGGGUUGUAUGGGGUUA